GUUUAUUCACUAAUAAAGUGGCCAUGUUACUAAUAAUUCCAAAGUAAACACAUCAAUACAAUUAAUGACAAAAAUAGACAGUUAAAGGUUUUUUUAUUGACAGAGGGGUUUUAUUUGUUUUUCUAUAAAUACUUUUUUGUUUCUAUAAACAAUACCAUACAUUAAAAGUACUCCUUAAAGACUUGGUGUUUUUUGGUCCUUGACUUGGAAGUUGGAACUUACAAUGGGUUCUGGUUCAAGUCCAGGAAUUACACACAAAGUAAUGCAAACAUUUUGUAUGAAAGACCAGAAAGAGGAAACGAAUCACAAGAAGAUCCAAGGAGAAGUUGUUUUAAUGAAGAAGAACAUUUUAGAUUUACAUGACAAGUCUGCUUCAUUACUUGAUCGAAUCUAUGAGCUCUUUGGCAAGGGUGUUUCUCUGCACCUUAUCAGUUCUGUUAAUCCUCAUCCAGAGCAUGUCGACAGGGGGAGCCAUGGAAAUGCAGCCUAUUUAGAGAAAUGGAUCACCGCGAACACUACAAUAACAGCGAAAGAAACUUGUUUCAAUGUGUUCUUUGACUGGGAAGAAAGCAUGGGAAUUCCAGGAGCUUUAAUGAUAAAAAACAAUCACCAUAGCCAAUUCUUCCUAAAAACAAUCACUCUGAAAGAUGUUCCAGGGCAUGGUUUAGUACAUUUUGUCUGUAAUUCCUGGGUUUACCCUGCACACCGUUACAAGUACGAUAGAAUAUUUUUCUCAAACAAGACUUACCUACCUUGUAAGACACCUCCGUUGUUGCACCACUACAGACAAGAAGAGCUAAAAAAUCUAAGAGGCAAUGGAACUGGUGAGCUCAAGGAGUGGGAUAGAGUAUAUGACUAUGACUACUACAAUGAUCUAGGGAAACCUAACAAGCCAAAGUAUGCACGCCCAGUUCUUGGUGGAUCAGAGGAACAUCCCUACCCUCGAAGAGGAAGAACUGGUCGAAAAAAGUACAAAAAGUAUCCUGAAAUUGAGACAAGAUUGCCACUUUUGAAUCUAGACAUCUAUGUUCCUAGAGAUGAAAGGUUUGGACAUGUGAAGUUUUCUGAUUUUCUCGCUUAUGCAUUGAAGUCCCUGGUCCAAGUAUUGAUCCCGGAGUUAAAAUAUUUGACUAACAAAACUUUUAACGAGUUUGACUCCUUCAAACAAGUAUUGGAACUGUAUGAUGAUGAAGCCAAGAAACCAAAAGGGCAUACACUAAGUAAAAUAAGAGAAUGCGUACCUUGUGAGUUACUCAGGGAAAUUCUUCGUCAAGAGGAGGGUUUUCGCAAGCUUCCCAUGCCUGAUGUGAUCAGAGAGGAUAAUAGUGCUUGGAGAACAGAUGAGGAGUUUGGACGUGAAAUGCUGGCAGGAGUGAACCCUGUCAUCAUUCGUCGUCUCGAAGUGUUUCCCCCUGUCAGUACUCUAGAUGCUACACAAUAUGGGAAGCAAGACAGUACAAUAAUAGAAGAACACAUAGAGGCUUACAUGAAUGGCCUCACUGUAUCAGAAGCAAUUGAGCAGAACAAGUUAUUCAUUUUGGAUCAUCAUGAUUCUCUAAUGCCAUUCCUCACACUAAUAAACUCAACCGAUUCCAAAAUUUAUGCUACCAGAACACUCCUUCUUCUACAAGAUGAUGGAACAUUGAAACCACUGGCAAUUGAAUUGAGCCUACCUCAUCCUCAAGGGUAUGAACAUGGAGCUGUCAGCAAAGUUUUCACUCCGGAAGAAAAAGGCAUUGGAGAAACCAUUUGGCAGCUAGCUAAAGCUUAUGUUGCUGUAAAUGACUCUGGCUACCAUCAACUAAUUAGCCAUUGGUUGAACACCCAUGCUGUAAUUGAGCCUUUUAUCAUUGCAACAAAUAGACAACUAAGUGUUCUCCACCCAAUAUACAAGCUCCUCCAUCCCCACUUCAGAGAUACCAUGAAUAUUAACGCACUAGCUAGGCAAACCCUCAUUAAUGCCGGUGGUAUACUAGAAAUGACAGUUUUCCCAGGAAAAUACGCCAUGGAAAUGUCUGCUGUUAUAUACAAGAACUGGGUUUUCACGGAUCACGCUCUGCCUGCUGAUCUCCUCAAGAGAGGAGUGGCGGUUGAAGACUCCAGCGGUCCCCAUGGCCUAAAACUUCUUAUUGAGGAUUACCCAUUUGCGGUAGAUGGACUAGAAAUCUGGUCAGCAAUCCAUACUUGGGUAACCGAAUACUGCAACAUCUACUACGAAACAGAUAAAAUGGUCAAAGAAGACACUGAGCUCCAAUCAUGGUGGACCGAGGUCCGAAUAGAAGGCCACGGAGACAAGAAAAAGGAGCCAUGGUGGCCCAAAAUGGAGACCAUAUCCGAACUCAUCAACUCCUGCACCAUAAUCAUAUGGAUCGCAUCUGCCCUCCACGCGGCAGUGAAUUUUGGGCAAUACCCAUAUGCAGGGUACCUCCCAAACCGGCCAACCGUGAGUCGGCGGUUCAUGCCAGAACCAGGCACACCAGAGUACAAAGAGUUGGAAAUGUACCCAGAUGUGGCGUAUUUGAAAACCAUUACUGCUCAGUUUCAAACCCUACUAGGAGUUUCGUUGAUUGAGGUACUGUCACGGCACACAGGGGAUGAGAUUUAUCUGGGUCAGAGAGACACAAUGAAGUGGACUAUGGACGAAGAAGCAUUGAAAGCUUUUACAAGAUUCGGUGACAGGCUAAGGGAAAUAGAGAACAGAAUCACAGAGAUGAACAGUAAUGGGAAAUGGAAGAACAGAGUUGGGCCUGUGAAACUACCCUACACUUUGCUAUAUCCCAACACUUCGGGUCAUCCCAACGAAGGACUCACCGGGAAAGGCAUUCCGAACAGUAUUUCCAUAUAAAGUAAUAUAUUUGUGUUACAUGUAGGUUUCUUAUUAUAUAUAUUUGGUGGGUCUUGUGUAGUGUAUUCAAAAAGAAAUGGUGUGGGUUUUCCUUGAAUUCUAGUAAAGUAUGUAAGAUUUGUCCAAGUGUUUUUUUCUUCGCU